UUUAGCGACGUGGUCUUAGGAAUGGAACUCAGUCGUUAGGUGAUUAGAGGCUGUACUGCUGGAACAAGUGUAGAAGUUUUCAAGAGGAAAUUGGACAAGUAUCUUCAGCAGGUGCCAGAUCAAGCAGAUUGUGAUGGAUAUGUGGGGCAGUGGGCCAUGAGCAGCAACAGCCUAGUUGACCAGGGUAGCACCAGACAAGACUCUCGAAACUCAUCACAUGUAUGAAGGUAUACCCCACUUAUUUCUCAGGGGAUGCAUUACCCCUACAGGUUUGGCACUUCCCCAUAAAUAUAAUAAAUAAUAAUAAUCAUAAGGACUUCUCUUCUUUUUCUUGACAGAUGAAAGGGAUAUUAACAGCCAUGUUGAACUUCAGACAUGACAGUAAAGCUGACCGUCUAAUAUAUGUGCAGGAGGCUUUGGUCAACAAAUUAUUUAAGCUUAAUGUUGCUGGAGAGAGAGCCUCUAACCUCAAAUUGGCUGACAGGUUAAUGGAAGGUAGACAAGUGAUUGAUUGGCUUCCGCUCCUGUCACUCGAGAGAGAUGCGCAAGAAUUAUAUUUUUCCCUUGACAGCAGUAUCAGAAGAUAUGUGGCCAUCUCUCUUUUCAUCGGUGUAGCAUUCCACCAUUGUGCUCUGCAACAUAAUCAAGAUGCUAUCAGAGCUUUAAAGUAGAUAAUGAACCCCUUGCUACUAUUUAAUUGUCAGUAGACAGCUGAAGGAAUGAUGGUGAAUGUGUUUCUUCUUUGGGUCACCCUGC